UUUCAUCUCAACUCCUUAUUUUGCCGAAUCUCAUUUAAAACAACAUGCUUCCAACAACAUCAAUCCUGAUAAAAGGAUCAUUAUUAGCAUUUAUGGAUUAAACAACGAAAGCGAUAUGCUUAAUUUCAAUCGUUUCUUUAUCAUUGGUUCUGCCAAUGGCCUUGUAUGCAUCUGUCCUAAGGAUUUUGAACUUUUGGUGGUCAAUCCUUGCACUAGACAGACCAUGAAAAUACUUGAACCCCCACCCGAACCGCUUCCUAAAAGCACCCAAAGGUGGAAUUUGAUUUGGGGAUUUGGUUAUGAUUCUUCCAACAAUGACUACAAGAUUGUAGUAGGCUUUGUGAUGCAAAGAAAAACCACACGUUUUUAUGUUUUUUCACUGAAAACAUGUGUUUGGAAAUUUAUCCAAGAAUUUGACUAUGUACUUACCAAUUGGAAUAGGGUAUCUGGUCUCUUAUGUGAUGGGGUACUUCACUGGUUUAUGUUGAAUCGGCUAAAUAAGGAGAAUAUCAUUCUUUCUUUAAAUUUAUCUCGCGAGGAAUUUACAGUAACCCAACAACCAGACCCUGACAACCAUCCUUCAUAUGAAUAUGGUUGUUCUUACACCCUAGGGGUCUUGGAAGAAUGUCUAUGCAUUUAUGAACUUGACGCUGAGUUACCGCCCACCCCCACCAAGAUAUGGGUGUUGCGAAGCUAUAAGAGCGGAAAUAAGUCGUGGGUAGAGUUGCCACUUAAUCAUGUGAUGAAUCAUAGUGUUGCAUACCACAUGAACAAAGAUGAUUACUCUUAUGAUGGCACACCACACUUAUCCAUCUCCGGGGAGUAUAUUGGGGCCCCUAUAUUUGUGCCUAGUCUUAUAUCUCCCCAUAAUGUUAAAAUGGAUUCUAGUUCUAGAUCCGGCUCUAAUGGUGUAGUUAUUUCAGUGGAAGAGAAAGCGGCUGGCAUGGCAAACACGAAUGCUCUAAUAAGAACUCGCUAUGCACUAUCAACGCGGCCGACUGGGGUGUUCCAAGUACCCGGGAAGUCAAAGCGGUCAAGGCGGUGAGUACUCCGAGUAUUCGGCGCCCUAAGGUGUAACGACUACUUGAGUAGACUCGGGUAGUUUUGCAACAUCGCUUCUAGUUCUUAUUUCUCAGUUAAUCAAAGGAUCCAGUUGUUGAAACAAAAGAUAACAGGGAAAUUGGUUUAUGACCUUUUUGCUUCUUGAGCACUACAAAUCUAUCUUCAAAUAGUUUGUGGCCAGUAUUUUGUGUUUGUUGGAUUUCAGUAAAUUGAGUUGAUGGUUCUUAUAAUCACGCUCUAAACUAAACGGUUAUUUGAUUAUUAUAUUUGAGAUUGUAGCAUAACUCAUAAGUAUUUAGUUCAAUUCCAUGUGGCUUUUCCAUUGUUUCAAGAA